AUGUGCGUCAUCGUUGUACGCGUCUCGUGGAUAUGCCCCUCAGUAUCUUCAUAUGUUGUCCAUUCUCAGGUGCCAUUUGAUCCGCAGCGCAUGCAUCAAGAAUGCGGUGAUGGCAUGACUAUCAUCUUCGUCGUAGGACUCUUUAGUCUUCUGGCCGACUUCUGGGUGCUUGCGUUGCCGAUGCCGCUCUUUUAUGGCACUGUUUAUGCGUAUGCUGCUUUACGUGUUUUUUUCUGGGCAAAUAUGCUAAUAGCUGACUGGAAUAGAGUCACUGUUGUUGGGGUUUUACGAAUAUUUGCCUUGUGUCGCAUAAGAUGGUCUGAUAUCACAAGGAUUGAGCAGGACAAUAUCUUCUAUACAUGCCAGAAGCCAAAUCUCGCUAUAAUGUUUGUCAGCAUCCCAACAAUUCAACCGCUCUUUGAAAGUGUGCGUGGUUAUGAUUAUGGGGCCAAACCUUCGCAAUGGGCCUGA